CAUAAUUCCUAAUAGAAUAGACAGCUUAUUAUUAAAGUGUCGUUUAGAUUCAACUUUUUUAAAAAGACUGUUAUGCAUCACUAUCAGCUUUCAAAUACUGUUGCAUAAUUUUUUUUCUAUAGUUGAAUUUCUAUUAGAUGCAUUUUUAUUUUUAUUUUUUUAUCCGCACAUUCAAGUUGAUAAAUAAGAGUAAUUAAUGCUUUUUUUCACCUGGCCUACCGGAAAUCGGAAGCACCUUGACUUCAUUAAAAAUAACUCUCCUAAAUCAGCGUCACCAUUACUACGAGUCUAACCGUCAUUGUUGAUCUAGCGAAAACCGGAAUCACGGUAAGAUGGUAGCCCAUUUUAAGACUUGAGCUCGGUUAUAUAUUUUUGAUCAUUUUUAAAAAAAAGUAAUUUGGCUAUGCAGUGAAAUAAAGUAGUAUUCCGGCGGUCGGUUAUAUUAUAGAUUAGAAAACCGAUAAAAGACGGUCACGCAAAUUAAAAAGUUUGCCGUAUCGUUUGAAUGACUCACAAAAAGAGCUUUGUCGACUACGUCCACGAAACUUUGAACUUCAUCGAUUUUUCACCUAAUCUCAAAAGCCCCCCCCCCCCCCCCCCCCUUUUUUUUUUUUUUUUUUUUUUUACGCAAAUUAAAAAGUUUGCCGUAUCGUUUGAAUGACUCACAAAAAGAGCUUUGUCGACUACGUCCACGAAACUUUGAACUUCAUCGAUUUUUCACCUAAUCUCAAAAGCCCCCCCCCCCCCCCUUUUUUUUUUUUUUUUUUUUUUUUUUUUUUGUUCUUUUCUUUUUUUUUUUUUUUUUUUUUUUUUUUUUUUUGGGUCCUUCCCUAUUAUACUAUAUUUUUUCAAUUAAAUUUUUACAGUAAGCCUAGUCUAAAUAAAUACACUGUACAGUUCAGGCACUGAAAAAUACCAACCAAGAAGUUAGAGGGAGGUGCUAUUUUUAGAUUGUCACUUGUGUUGGUUAGGGAUUGCACAAUCUUGUAACUUGCAAUACAAGUGACGCCUAGCUAGUCAAACUCAAACAGUGAAUUGGGUUAGGGAUAGGCCUAGGAACUGAGACAUACUCUUUGACACUUAGCCUAGGCCCUGUGCAUAUAGUUUUGUAAUUAUAGUAUAGUAUAGUGCAUUUCAAGUAAAGUAAAAAAGGUAAGUCCAUAAAACUCAUUAUAAUAGUCAAAAGUAGCAAGCCAACUUAGUGUAGUGUAUCAAUAUCAACAAUAUAUUUGAAUAGCUAUUUAAUUUAAAUGCUUCAACUUUAUAGUUGUUUAAAACCUUUUAAUUUACUUAAAUACACUAUAGUAAUAGACUAUACUGUCUUAGAAACUUAGAGUUAGAGGGGUAAGUGUAGUUAAGGAAGGGCUGAAGUGGGAGAUAUGUCCCCAGACACAAGAUUAGUGGAGGUGCCAAAAUGGACUUUGACUUUGAUGCCAUUGAUGGUAUUUUUUUUAUUGAUGAAAAAUGAGUUUCAGAGUUUAUGGAGGCUUAAAAAUGAAUAUAAAAAGGAAUAAUGAAUAUGUCUAAAGUAGGCCCUAUACAAUAAUGGGAAGCGUUAUCCACACAGCUCUGUGAAUAAUUAUAAUGUUGAGCGUUAUCGGCAGACCGAGAUCUGCGAAUAAUGCUGAGCGUUAUUGUUAGACAGAAAUGUUCCCAUAAUUACGCACAUUUCUAGAAAUAAUUAGGAUCACAUUCCAAGUCGGGGUGGGGGUGUAGUUUUAAGUAGUGUAGGAUAGAUCGAUCGUUAUUGCGCUGGCCAUACACUCACACUUGUAAACGCUGCUUCAAUUGCCCCAAGGGAACAUUACUUCCCAAAGACUCGCAAUGCAUCCUACGACGAGCAGGGUUCCAAUUAAUUUUUGUAUGCUUUUUUUGUAUUUAGACCCAUAGUUACAACAGUGUCAGUAUGGCUUUUUGUUUCAAUUAACAUUUUUUUUACAAGAGCUAAAUUUGUUGAUAUCAAUGAUAUUGAUAAUGUUUUAAGUACGGUACCGGUAUGUUCAUUUCAUUGUCAUCACUAAGUGUUAUUUCAACUAUUUCUGGAGCGGCAUAUUGUGUCCCUACUUAUUAUGAUACUUAUUAGAAAAUAAAAUGAAACAAAUAAAACGUGACAUAUUUUUUCAGCUAAACAUUAAUACACAACUCUGAGAUAUAAAAUAUUUGAAUAAGUAAGUUAUUAAUAUUUAUUUGUUUAUUAGAGAAAAAACAAGUGGAUGUUAAAGUCUAUGAGUGGAAUUAUACAAAGAAAAUUAAACACUCAAAAGAGCUAAAAGUAUAUCACAAUGUACAGUUAGAACAGCUGUAUCUGACUUAAACAUGGUUUAUGCAGCUCAUCUGCGUGUCCAUGUUGUUUACAGUUUUUUGACGAAACUUGAAUGAACAUUCUAACAAAAUAAAUUGAAACUUGUAACAAAAGUAACAAAACUAUAUGAAAAUAAUAAUAAAACUAUGUGAACAGAAUAAGAAAGCUAUAUAAAUAACCAUUAAAUUUUUUUUUUUUUUUUAUUUAUAAAAAUUAGCUUCCCCGACGGGGAAUCGAACCUAUAUUUUCCGGGUGACAGGCGGAGAUACUGACCACUACACUCCCGAGGAGAUGUUUACAUUCGUACUUUGUAUUUUAUAUUCAUAAUUUAAUUUAUCACAUUCUGCGAAUAAUGUUGAGCGUUAUCGGCAGACCGAAAUCUGUGAAUAACGGCGAGCGUUAUCCGCACAGCUCUGUGAAUAAUCACUUCGUACAAUAAUACAAUAUGAAUAUGAUAAAUAUCCUGUCCACGAUAAUUGUCAGGCUUAAUACUAAUAAAUAAAAGAAGUUGCACAGGCAUUUGUUUGGGGCUACCUGAACUUGCUUAGAACCUGAAUAGCCUAUUCCUUAGCUCUAAUUGUAUAUCAAAAACAUUAGUCAAGCCUAGCUCUCUUGUGACUGACAAAAUUCACUACUGCCCAGCCAGAGAGAAGUAGACCUAAGCAUCAGUGUUCCUCACAAUGAUUAAAAACUGGUGUGUGUAGCUUUAGGCCAGUAUUAAAUUUUGUCACAGUCACUGAUUGACUGCCAAAGUCGGAAAUAUAGUCGGAAAAUUUAACCACUAAGUUAUUAAGAUAAGUAAGACGCAAACAAUUUGUGUAAAUAAAACAUAAUACAAAUUGAAAUGAUACAGCAAAUGCCUUCAUCAGAACAACAACAAAAAUCUAUAUGAAUAUAAGUAUAAAUUAAGUUUACAUAAAUAUUAAUUUAUACUUACAUGAAUUUUUCAGCACAGUUCAACCCUUUUAAGAUUAGUAAGAGACUUAAGAGUGAUGGUAACACUUCCUUGUUCAUUUAGCUUGGUAUGAAAAAAAGAAUGUGUUAAGAGUUUUAAAAGAUAGUAUGGAAUUUGCAUUUAUUUUCUUUAUGAUCAUAACUUGUAGGUUGGUUAUUUUACAUUAGGUUGGGUCAGAUAUCUGAGAUAAGCACUUGUCUUAAUCUUAUACCAGACCAGUUUACUCUUACGAUUUUGGCGUACAAUGUACGAUUUUGAGGUGUUAACAUGUAUACUGUAUGUUUAUUUUUUUCUAUAAAUAUAAGGUAUUUAUUUUCUUUAUGAUCAUAACUUGUAGGUUGGUUAUUUUACAUUAGGUUGGGUCAGAUAUCUAAGUUAAGCACUUGUCUUAAUCUUAUACCAGACCAGUUUACUCUUACGAUUUUGGCGUACAAUGUACGAUUUUGAGGUGUUAACAUGUAUACUGUAUGUUUAUUUUUUUCUAUAAAUAUAAGGUAUUGAACGAUUUUGUGAUAAUAUUGUACGAUUUUUAGAGUCUGAGGGUAAACAGGUCAGUUAUACAUAGGUUUAUCAUAAGUCCAUGUUUGGAUGUCAUCAUUAUCAUUUCAAUUUUCACAACAUUUUUUCUGCCAUUUUGGUAUUCUGUCCCGGUGUUUCAAACACCAUUAAAUAAAAAUUAAUUUGUCAUGGCGGUGUUAAAAUACACAGGGCUAAUAUUAUUGUGAAUGUGUCGUUUUGAACUAUUGAAAGAAGAAGUUAAAAUGUUGUCAAAAAUAUUAAAUAAUACCCCGGUAUCUAUUUUUUUUUAAAAACAUAUCAUUAAUUUAUGAGUGUUGACAAUUCCUUAAACAUUUAAACACAUCUUAGACUUUUAGAGUAUUAUUCUGGUUAUUAUAGCUGUGUUAAGUUUUUAUAAUAUAUAUAUCUAGUUGAUAGCUGAAAAAGUCUGACAUAGUAUAAGAGCCCUUGAUGUUGCUCAUGUUAAAAAAAGUAAAUAAUUUUUGUGAAGCCUAAUUUGUCAUAUCAUUUCAUUUAUUCAUUUAUGAUAGUAUAUAUAGCACCUGCUUGACUAUGAAUUUUAGUUCUGAUAUUUUAGACAGAGCUAAGCUCUUGGUAGGUAUACUUAGUAACAUUUUUUAAAAUUUAACUUUGGAGAUCUAUCUAUAUAAUUUAAGCCAUAAGGAAUAGUUUAAAAAACUUGAUAGUAUUUAUUAUUAUUGUACAGACUCUGUACUCACUAAUUAAAUUGAAGAUAGAGUGCUAAAAGUACUUAAUUCACAAAAUACACAUUUUGAGUUAAUUAAGUUCAAAUAUUCUUUUUGCCUAUAAAAUGUGAUCAUUUUCAUAUUUUAUCUUGUUAAAUUAAGGAGCUAAAGCACAUUUUAUUGUGUUCAAAUAUCUGCAGUACACUUGGAAAAGGUCACAGUUUUGAUUGAUUUAGAUAAAAAUGUGACUUUUAGCACUAGGGUCUUCAAUUAGAAUAAUUUUAUUUUUAUAAAUUUCACUCUUAAAAUUUCAGGCAAAAAAAUUACAUAAUGGGGAAAUCUAGUAGUAGUUCAUCUUCUAGCGGCUCAUCCGACGAGGGAUGGCGCCACUUGCCAAAACAUGAAAAAAAGAUGAGAAAGAAAUGGAAAAAGCAUCAUAAAAGGGUAUUGAAAGAAAACCUAAUACUGUGUCUGUGUGUGUGAAAAUUGAAGUAUUUAAAGCUAUUUAAUAUUUAUAACCUCAACAACGGGGGUCCUUUUUUUUUUUUUUUUUUUUUUUUUUAACCUUUUUUUUUUUUUUUUUUUUUUUUUUUUUUAACCUUUUUUUUUAACUUUCAAUUUAAACUACUUACAGAGGUGAAAGUUAAAAUAUAUUUGGAAAUGUCUUAACAUGUAGAUCUGAAAAACUAUGAAAUUGUUUAUUGUUUAUUCAAUCAAUACAUUUUGAAAAGGCGUAAUAUAGUGUUUUAUUUAAAAAUGUUUCCUUUUUAUUUUAAUCUGUGCUGUUAUUUAUUUAAAAAUGUAUUUUUAUUUUCCAGGGAAUGAUUCCUCAUGGAGCAUUACCAGUAAGUAUUUUAAAAUAGUAAUAAACUGAGAGUUUUUCAUUACCAUUCACGUUUAUGUGGCUUGGAACCCAUUGCAUUGUUACCUUACCUUGAUCUUGCCCACGUCAUCCAAGAUUACAACACAGAGUGGGUGUUGCAUACUUCGUUAUUCAAGAUCUCAAGCAGAUUCCAUUCUAGUGUAUUUUUCUGAAGUAAUUCUACUAACUAUUCUUGUUAACAUCUGAACAAUGACUAGCUAGCUGUAAUACAUUAUUUUUUUUUAAAUUCCCAACAAAUUAGGUGUACCUUAAAUUUUACCCUAUUACAUAUUUACUACCAUAUGUGAACGCCAAAACCAUAAAAUAUAACCACAUCCCACCCUUUUAUUUGAUUUUUUCCUAUCUUCCAUGUAUGACUUUUCAUUUCUUCUUAAUUUAUUUUCCUUUAGUAAUGAUCAAUGGGCUUGAAAGCAUGUCUAAAGAUUUAGUUUGAAUCUCUUUAAUCUCUUUGGAGUAAAAAGUGCUAAUUUAUCAUGUUAAUUGUAUAGCAGACCUGUUUACUCUUAAGAAUUUGGUGUACAAUUAUGAGAUGUCUUUUAUGAUUGCACUCCGAGACUUGUCAGAUCUACAAUUUUAAGAGAUCGAGAUCAAAAUAUACAUAUUCUGUUAGUUUUUCAAUUAAAAUGAAAUUAUAAUAAUUUAAAAGUUAAUUUUCUGUUGUUAGUUUUAAUUUACAUUUGCAUUCUACAUCCAGCAGUGAAUGGAUCGAGAAAUAUGAUUAGUUGGGUACCAUCUAUAAUUAUAUAACAUUUGUCCUAAGAGGGUAAUAGAGUAGUGUUAAUUUAGGAGAUGGGGGGAGGGGGGGGGGUUGCUGUUCGGUUCCAAAUAUUGAAUUCUAUACAAAUUAAAACCACAAGAUUUUCUAAAUGAUUUGGGGGUGGCUGUCUCAGUAGAAAGUACAUAACGUAUUCAAAAACUCUACAAUAUUCAUCCAGAAAUUCUGAAUGUCCAAAAACAGCAUAUUUAUUUAUAUCUGAUUAUCUCGAAUGCUGUAAAAAUGUCACACAAUUCUUUAUAAGAAUUAUCGUCAUAAUGUUGCCAUGUAUUUUCACAAAUGAACUUACAUGAUAUACUCAGAUAAUACUAAGUAGUAGAGAUAUUACAGUAAUAUUUACUCCACCGUAUGUGCAGCGUGCAUGUGACAUAUAUUUUUUGGACUGCGCCAGUGGUUCUAAAAAGACAUUUUCUCAGCGCUUAUGACAAAUUCAGGUUUUCACCAGGCUUUCUGUUUAAAUUUUAACAAGUAAACUUCAAAAUAACGAAUGCAUAAACAAAAUAAAAUAAAGGGUUAGGUAAAAAUAAAUACAAUAUGUAUGUAUGUCUCUAAGCGCCAUCGAGUUACUGCAAACAGUAGUUUCUCAAAUAAAUUACUGUUCGCACCAUGACAACAGAAAUUGGCACACUGGAUUAAAAGUGGAAAUUAAAUUUAUGAAAAUUUUGUAAUAUUUAGCAUCGCCCCUGUGAAGAAGCCACAGCAACCCAUACAGAAAAAUGUGUGGACUAGUAAAAUGACUAUUUUUAAUGCCUCUAGUCUUUAAGAAGUUAAUGGGAUUUUAUAGUUUAAAUUCACCGUAAAGGUCCUUUCGAAAGACGAUUUUGGUACCUGUUGCUCUUCGACCCUUUCUCAUGGCCCUUACCGAGGGGCUAUGCAGCUAAUAUUCUGGAAACCACUGGGCGCGCCAGAGGUAAAAAUGCGUGUCACAUUUAGUUUAGUAGUGUAAUAUCAUAAUUAUAUAAAGAUUGGAUUUUGUUGGUUGUUUUAUUUUGUUUUUGUGGGUGGGGGGGGGGUUUUGAAAGCUCAUCGUCAAAAAAUUUUGUAUGCAACGGGGGGCGGAGGUUAGAAAAUUUUACUUUUUCCGUACGUACUCGUGUUCGUUUGCUUCGGUGCUGUAUGACAUAAUUAUUUCUUAUGGCUGACCCAUAGCGAGAAAACUAGAGAAUGCAUUCUCAACUAUUCUCAACUGGUCCGCGAGCGCAGCAAUCUAAGAUUUUGACAUAUUUUAUAGGAAGGAGAGGGGGGUGAUUUUAUAGGAAGGAGAGGGGGGCGCUUUGAAAUCUAUUUUUAGAACAGACAAAACAGCUGUAUGAUGUUUAAUAUCUCCUCUUCCUUUCACCCAUUUACAGCUUUUGAUGUGACUUUGUGUUUAAACCACAUUAAAAAUGUUAAAUUUCACCAGUAACUUUUUUUUUGUACACUCGUGACAGACUGUGAUAGUGUGAUCUGCAUGUUCACCUAAAUAUUAAUUAUAUCUAUAGCAGAUACACAUCUGCAAAAUCAAAUAACCAGAGAUAGCAAUAUAAAUGUCAGUCAUGUAUUUUUUUACCUUCAUUUCCUUUUUUUGAGGCAAGUUUAACUUGAUCCCGGUAGAUGCACGAUGCGAGUAAUUGCACAUUAUAUAUACUCUGUUUUAUUUAUUUACUAUUAAUAAUAGUAUUAAGAUGCUGUAUUGUACAAGUUUGUGACAAUAUUGAACGAUUAAAGGAGUUUAAGGGUAAACAGGUCUAGUAUAGCUAUUUCUUUAUAAAUUAAAUAUCACACUAAACUAAUAGCAAAAUAGAUUUAAAAAAUUAUUUUGAAAUUAAUUUAGUUUUGAACAAUACAUUAAUUUGUAAAUAUGUAAUUUUUAAAUGUUAUAUCAACAGACCUGUUUACCCUCAAACUCUUAAAAUCGUACAAUAUUAUCACAAAAUCGUUCAAUACCUUAUAUUUAUAGAAAAAAAUAAACAUACAGUGUACAUGUUAACACCUCAAAAUCGUACAUUGUACGCCAAAAUCGUAAGAGUAAACAGGUCUGUAUCUAUGGCAUUGUUUUAAUUAAUGUGUUUAUGCAAUUUAAAGCCUUGGCAAGGAGGUCCAGCCUGGUGUCCACCACACUCAGGGAAACAUGGAAAGAAAGGCAAACAUGGACAUGGUGCCUAUCCAGGUGGUGUUCAUGGAGGUUAUCCUGCUGGUGGCGUUCAUGGGGGUUAUCCUGCUGGAGGUGCUCCAGGUUAUCCUGCCGGUGGUCAUUACCCUGCAGGUGGACAGUAUCCACAGGGCCAGUACCAACAGGGCCAGUACCCACAGGGCCAGUACCCACAAGGCCAGUACCCCUCUGCCUACCCUCCUCCCCAGCCUGCUUAUCCGGGACAGCCAUUGCCUCCAGGAUAUGGAGGAGUACCUCCACCAGCUCAGUACCCAGCAGGGGGGGUCCCCUAUGGCCAUGGAGCUGCACCGUCAGGGCCUUUCCAGGGUGAGCCAUUUACAUUUCUGUAUUAUUAAUUACUGUAACGGUAAGAUUUUUUUUUUAAAAAUGCUGGUGCUUUUGUUUUUUUUAGAUAAAACAAAAUUACAUUUUUUUACUCAUGCAAGCAUUUAAUUUUUUAUGUUAAAGACAAUAUAGAGUUGUCCUCUGUUUUGAUGAUUGAAUUUCAUUUUGUGCUGUAUACAAAAACCAUUUUUUUUCUCCCUAGUCUUAUUUAUAUUUAUUUUGGACUUAAUAUGUUAUCAGUCAAUUUUACAAUAUAUAAGUUUUGUGCAUUUGUUUCCACAGCUCCACCAGGUGGUGGUUAUCCUCAGGGCGGAGGGUAUCCUCAACGUAAGUAUUAAAAUUUAUAAUCAACCAAUAAUUUAAAACUUAGACUACUGUCGAUUUUGAGUUAUUGGAACAGAGCACAGAGGAAUAAAUGUAAUUUUGAAAUUUCCCCUUCAUUUAAUUUGGACAUCCUAAUGGUUAAGGAUAACAGAGUAUAGUUAUUAAUAACAUAGCACUAUCUUUGUCAUAAACUCCUGAUGUUGUUUAAAACACAUCAAAUUAUGAUGCUAUAUCCCUCUAUAUCUAUGCAAUUAAAUGUCUAAUAUAAUCAUUGUUUUUACCAAUGUGAAGACAAAUAUCUGUGCUAGGAAUGGUAUUUAGGCCCCAUUGACUUUAGGCAGCAUUUAUAUUUAUAUGUUAGUAAGCAAACUGAAUAAACUGCUUCAUUUAGUAAUUUAUCUUAGAAACUAUUUUAGCUUAAUCAGACUUAUUGGAAUUAGGUAAGGUGAAAACCUGAUGGAAGGAGAAACAAAAUAAAAAAUUUCAGCAAAAAACCUUUAAAAAAUAAAAACAGUAUACCCGGUAAUUAAAAUUUAAAAGAACUUUGCAUGUAUCUAGCCAUGUGGUUCAAGUUCAAGCUAGAGUGAAUUAUCAUUCUUAAGAAAUUUUAUUUAUUGACAAAUGUUUUAACGUAACAGAAGAUGGCAGUUAAAUUGAUGCACCUAGCAACAUUCAAUUCUAAUUUUAUUACAAAAAUUUGUAUUUAUUUUGUUUAAUUUAUAUUUACAGAUAUUUUAUUUCUUCUUAUCCUCUACAGAAUAUCCACGUUAGGUGAUGUGCUCAUUCCACCUGUUAUAUUGCUCUAACAGAAGUGGUGCAUUUCAAAAGUAAAAUGGAUGCAAUAACCCUGCAAUUGUGUAUGAAACAAUAAUUUUGUUUUCUAUUAUCUUUAAAAAAAUAUUAACUUUUAUGCAACGCUUGAACGUUUUAAAGUCUUAUUACCAAAAGAAUUUAUGUUUUAAUGUUGUUACUUCCAAAUUGAAUCCACAAUUUUUCUAUUUGCCAGUAUUUAGUCAGUAUAAGUACUGAUCUGAUCCUAAUGAUCAGAAAGCAUGUGCCAUAAUUAUCUGUCCAUGUGGUACUUGGUCAACUACUAAAAGAAAAAAAAAUUGAUUUGUGCUGUGGUCUAAAUAACUUGAAAAUUUGAUACCUGAUCUCAGGUUGCAAUUAGGAUAGUUAAGAAUGCUGUUCAAUAUAUUAUUAUGUGUGAUCUUGUAGACAAUCUUGCUUCUUAUUCUUUUUUACUUUGUAAGAAUAUUCCAAUGAUACAUUGGUGUCUACUUUUCUUCAUAAGGCAGAUGCCAUAAUUUAACAUUCUUUAUGGAUUUUUAAUAUUUAUUUUUUGUUGUGAUUAUUAACUUACAUAUAUACAUGUAAUACAGUUUGAUUGCUUUGCAUGUCACGUAUCAUUUUUAUUAUGCACAGAGAUAUUUUUGGGUUUGUUUUGGUUUUUGUUAAAAGUAAAUUUGCCUAUGGUUUAGGUCCACAGAAUACAUAGAAGUCAUAAAUGACUGCUCACUGCUAUUCAAUAUAUAUGAACGUUAACUCUGCUGAAUUUAAUUUGAAAGAAAUCGUGGCAUCUUCUUCACAUAAUACUGUGAUAUUUUAUGAUUAUCCUUCUUGAAAAGUAAAGGAUGUGUUUAGUUGUAUGAGGCUUGAGUUUACUGUAAAUGUUCUGUCUGUAUGUAUAAUUAUUCAUCAUACACAUUUUUAUUUCUAAUAAUUAUAAACCUUUUUAAAAAAUUAAAUAAAGGACAAUACACAUGAAUUGUACUUUUA